UAGCAUAAUUCACUUCGUCAUGAUAUUUCAUUCAUUAGCUUUCUCCGAACAUUUCAUUAAAUUUGCUAAUACAGUCUGUUGUUAACAAGUCAAAUAUGGAAAUAAUUUUCAUAGCGAUCGAGUGUUUUAUAUUAUUUGGAAUAUAUGAAGCAGUGUCUGAAACUUAUGGAUGCGGGCCACGAAAUAAAUGUGAAUGCUUUACGGAUAAACGAAGCUCGGUUAUGGAUUGUGAAGGGAAACAUAUUUCGAGAAUCGCAGAAAUAUGUUCUGUUCUAGGAAAUAAUACUAUGGAGCCAAGGUUCACACUGAGAGCUGGUAGAAAUAAUUUUGGAAAUUUUAACGCCACAUAACUUGAAGGAUGUGAACAUUUGAAUGAACUUCACGUAAAUUUCAAUCAAAUAAGCGAAUUCAGAAAAGACACUUUUAUAAAUUUCACCAACUUGAAGAUUCUGGAUUUAUCCAGAAAUAAUCUCAUGGUCUUCAAAAGUGGCUGGUCAUCGGAAUUUAUGCCACUUUCUAUAACUACUCUAAUCCUAAAUGGAUGUCCUGUGGAUACAGCUGCUAUACGGAACUAUCCAAAGCUUUCACACCUAAGAAAACUACAAAUGCUAAGAAUGGAUGGGUUGAGAGACAACUUUGACAUUGGGAAACUCACCAAUAGGCUGCAAGAGCUAAGUUUGUCAGGGUUGUAUUCCUACAGUCAUUGUAGCAUACCCCAUAUUUCAAACUGGACCUUUAAGCAGUUGGUAUCAGUCGUGAAACUGAACAUUUCAGCUUGCUCCGUUAGGAGUAUUUCAGCUGGGGCUUUUGAACAUCUUAAACAUCUGCAAAUAUUAGAUCUGUCUUAUAAUCGAAAGCUUGGCUUCAGAUCAAUGGAAAAUAUAUCCUACGGACUUCAAUUUACGCAUAUUCGUAGUGUAUAUAUGUCAUACAUACAUACCACGUUUGGACUGGGAACAAGUCUAUUAAAACAAGAUCUCUGUUACAUUUGGAACACAAGCAUAGAAGGAAUGUUUAUCGCAGGCAAUAGACUGAUGUCAUUCGAGACGAAUGCCCUAAUUUUGCUUCCUGACUCGUUAACUACCAUGGAUGUGUCCGACAAUGACCUAGUAUUUUUACCGUACUUGUUACAGACCUCAUGCAUGAAAAACGUCCGAAAAAUGUUUGGCGCUUUGCAGCACUCCUCUCACUACCCGUCCAGAUAUAUUGUUGAAGACACUGACGACGGAAGACAAGGAUGUGAGGAGAGGGCUUUUUCUAGUUGUCUAUAUAUGCAGGAAGCAUUUCUGAUGAAAAUAGCGGCGAAUAAAUGGCCAUGUAAUUAUAUACAACCAAAUCUGAGAAACAUAUCUCUUGAAACUAAUCUUCCAAAACAUCUAGAAUUUGUGGAUUUUCAUGAGAGCAAUUUGAUUUACAAUGAACAGAUAAAUUUUAAUAUCACACCCCAUGAGAAUGCACUCAAGCAUAUUGAUUUGUCAAAUAACGUUUUCAACAUAUUCACUGGUGAAUAUGGACCAUUUCCGAAUAUUGAAGUGAUUAAUGUAUCCCGUUGUUACAUGGUGCAAAUCGGAGAAAAGUCAUUGAACUAUCCAUCUUUGAAAAUCCUACGACUAGACAAUAACUACCUAGGGGACCAAUUAGCGGACAGUGUGAGAUCAAAUAUUUUUGAAUGUUUAACAUCAUUAAAAUGUCUUAAUUUAUCGGCAAACGGCAUUACGAUAUUGCAUAGAUCGACCUUUGCCCCUCUGACAAAUUUAACAGAUCUAGAUCUUAGCUGCAACAAUAUAGGAAAUCUGGAUAUUAUGCUGCCUUCUUUAACAAAUUUGUUACACAUAGAUUUACACGUUAAUUCCCUUCACGCUCUCGCAAGAAAUAUGCGGGCGGGUUUAGAACUGAAUGCUAGGAAAUUAAAUUCUACUUUCGAAAUUGACCUUCGAAACAACUCGCUAGAUUAUUCGUGUGAAAAUCAAGACUUUCUAAACUGGCUAUAUGACCAUCAGAGCAACAUGAAAACGUUUGAGUUGUAUGUUUUCCGAUUGUCAGAUGGAAGGAUCAUGGGCGCCCUAUGGUUCCAAAAAGAAAUUAGCCAUUUAGAAGGUACCUGUAGAUCUUACACGCUUCUGAUCGUCCUUUGCUGUAUCGGCAUAUCUUCAGCACUGGCCACAGUUGUGGGAGGCGUUAUAUACCGACAUCGCUGGAAACUCCGAUACCUGCUUUUUAUGUCUAGGAAGAGGUUCUUCGGUUACCGUAGAUUACCGGACUACACGCUAAUAGAAAACUACAGAUUUGAUGCGUUUAUUUCAUACGCAGAAGAUCAUUUCAGAUUUAUUUUAGAUGAAGUUAUUCCAAGACUUGAGGCGGAAAACGUUUCUUUGUGUCUGCAUCAGCGAGACUUUAUGCCAGGUAACGCAAUUUCGGACAACAUUAUCCAUGCCAUCCAGAGCAGCAGAAAGACCAUCGUCAUCCUGUCAGAGGCGUUUCUAAGGAGCAAAUGGUGCAUGUAUGAAUUCAACAUGGCGCGAAUGGAGAGCAUGUACUCAAGGGAAGACCAGGUGUGUCUAGUUAUUGUUAUGCUUGAACCCGUUCCUCAUAACAAGAUGCCUUUAGAAAUGCUUCGAUGGAUUCAGGAAAACAGUUAUAUCGAAUAUACGCAUGAACCAGACGGUAAUAGAAUGUUUUGGGAAAACAUAGUGUUGGCAAUUAAGUAAAAAUGUAAACUGCCGAGAAUAAAUGUACAUGGUUAAGUAAUUAAGUUGAAAAUACAACUACGUCAGGAACAUGUUCAUAAACGCAUAGAACAUUAUUCAAGCUGGUGUUAUCCAUUCCAUGAUAUGUUAUUUUGGAUAAAUUAAUUUCAACUUGCAAAAAUAAAGUAUUUGCUUUUUAAAUUACUUUUAGUACAGGUACAAUGUUGGACUGCGCAUUUUUUUGCAGCAAAAAUUAACAUAAAACGAAUGUGUGUAUUAUUAUUCCAUGAAUAACGUAAUGUGUGGAUAUUUUUGUGUGAUUGAAAUUGUGAUGAUUUGGUGUAAGACUGUUUUCACAUGUAUAUGUUUUGUAAAUAAAUCUAAGUUAAGUUUAAAGUUUUGGCCCUAAAGCGGGUUAAACUCUCAACGGUAUGCCAUAAAAAGAAUCGCGUUAUGAUGAUACGUUUGAUCUUUAAUAUAUAAUAUACAAUAUAUAAUAUUUAUUUGUAUAUUAAGAGGAAGAUAAAGCCUCAUGAUUUGGCAGCACGAAUCCGUAUUUUAACAAACGAGUUAUGCGUAAAGGUUGUUUGGCUAAAGAUUGAUCACUCGGUAAAUUGUUAGCUUGUACCAAAAUAAUUAGUAAAUGUAUCUGUGUUUGCCAUGAUGUUAAAAAAACAAAUCAUACAUAUGCAUAUGAUGAGCGUUUUGAAGCGACCCAACUCUUCUAUGUGCCUGCAAGCUAAAAUUAUUUUCGUACGUUUUGUCUGAUUACUGAUCUUGUGUGUAGGAAUUUUUUUUUUUUCUGGUGGAACUGGAGUUUCACGUUGGCAAUAGUUGUAUGUCCAAUUUUGUACUUAACGAUUAAUUUUGUUGACAAACACUAUGUUUUAUUUCAAGUUUCAACUUAAAACAUUUUAGUUAAUUAAACAACGCACUAUUGACUCUUGAAACUUUAUUGUGCAAAACACCAAUAGCAUAGGUUAAAAAGUGCCCACACGUACAUCGUAUUGUUUAUUAUACCAAAAUUGUCAAACCUGGAAUAGACAACACAUAUAACGUUGUUCGGAAAUCUGUUUGGGACUCACAACCUACUAGCGGGCAGUUGUUAAUGGGUGGCCACAAUCUGUUACAAAACGAGGCCUUUCACGAAUAUAAAGGAGGCUUUUACAGCAUCUUCAAGCCUGCAUUGAAAAACUCAAAGACUGCACUUGACAUUGUCAUAUAUCCACAUAUGUUGUUAAUGGGCAAAUUUUUGUUAAUAAAACUAAUUUCCAUGGUGAAUUUUGCUUAGUAAUAUACAUUAAAGUUCUGUCGUUGUUGGCUAGACUAUUUUAUUAUAUUAAAGUUAUCAACGACGUUUCUUAUAAUGAAUUGUUUAAAAGCCCGCCAGUCCGAAAAAACAACACAUUGUCAGAAUUUUAAUAUAACCCAUUGAAUUAAGUGUAUUAAGUUCUCACAAACGAUUAUUUAAAUAAUUCCUGGAAUUAUUUAAUUAUGUUUGGCAAUGUACUUUAUCAGGCUUAUAUUUUAAUGGAUUAAACAUUACUAACAACAUUAAUUUUUUACUUACAUCAUAAACUGCUGACAUUUAAGAUUGUUAACGGGAGAUGUUUCUAUUGAACAGAAUAAUCCGUUUAAUAUGAAAUAGACAAAACUAUUUAAUUAGGGUAACGUGUAUUCAGCAGUCCAUUUGCCGUUGUUAAAACUCACCUUUCUAUCCCGUGGCAGUAUUGAUUGUACAUUACAUAUGUGAUCUCCUCUGUUUGUAUUAAAGUAAGUAAGAUCUGCCAUAUUUUCUUUUCGUUGGAAUAUAUCCACUUUUUGACGUUGAUCCGAAAUCAUGUUUUCCUUACUAUUUUAGAAGCGGCAUUGCUUAUGCAUUCAAGUUAAAUUAAUCAGAUGAUAAAAUUCACGUUUUAGAUGUUCUAGUUAAAUAAUCUUCUGACUCUUGUACGACCUUUGUUCCUGUUCUAGAAAACAUGGAGAUUGUGGAACAUUUGUAAUAAUAUGCUGAAAUUUGCAUUUAUGUAAAUAAUUCUAAUUCACGAGAUAAGAUGUUAUGUAAAGGCUGUAGGUAAGAUCAGGGAUGUUAUUGUGUUUUAUAUGGAUGAGCAUUUCUAGAUAUUGUUUGUCUUUGUUACUUUAGCUUGCACGAUAUAUACUUCUUCAGUUAAUGAAUUUCUCCUCUGUUUUUGUUGAUAUUAUGUAUUGUCUUUCUUGUAUUGUGUUUUUUGCAUUAUGUUGGCUUUUGCACGAAUACAUCUAGGACUUAUUACAUUUGAAUUAUAUGCCUUAUAAAUGGUGCAAUUAUAUUUUGAAUUUGUAAUUCAAUAAUGAUAUUAUUUGAAUUUGAUUCGCUGUGUAACAAUAACAAUACAUUUUAACUAUUAUUGGAUGUUUUAUUUAUUAAAGUUAACAAAGUGUAAAAGUUUUCACUCAGCAAAACUGAAGGAAAGAAAUUGGCUAAUUUAAAUAGUGAAACAAAAUAUUAUUUGUACGCAAUUUGUUCUUGUUCAAGUUUUUACCAUACCCUUCUUAAAAUAUAAUCCUUAUCGAAAAUAACUUGUCCUUUAAAGUGAUUUGCUCAUUGAUUUGUAAACUCGUGUCCACGGGUUUUCAAAUUUAUUUCAUACAUGUUUUUUGUAAGCGUUACGAACGGAAUAUACCAGCCCCGCCCUUUUAAAUAGACGUACUUUUGCGCAAAUCUUUAAAUAUAAUCUGUCAUUAUAAACUUAUGAGCACUGAUAAUUUGAUAUUGCUUUUUUACUUGCGUUGUGUCUUAAUUCAGCUUAAUGUAGAUUUUAAUUUAAACAAGAGCACCGCAUAGCGGGUGCCAAUGCUCGGCUGCGAGUGCAGUUAUGAAUAAAUGAAAGCUUGUCAGAAGAUUUUUUUAGAGGUCACAGUGACCCUGACCUUUGACCUAGAGACCCAAAAAUGGGUUUGGCUUGUAGAAACAUCAAGGUGCAGCUACAUAUGAAAUUUCAAAGUUGUAGGUGGAAGCAAUUUGAUUUUAGAGCCAAUGUUAAGGUUUUAGCACGACGCGGAAGGCGGACGACACGACGAGCAGGCUCUAUGACAAUAACUCGGGUUUUCUGCGAAAACAGCCGAGCUAAAAAUGAAUGUGUUUAUAUACAUAAUUAAUAUUGAUUUUUUUCCAGAUAAAUUGUUAUAAACAUAUUGUAUAAUGCGUUGAAUACUCGGAAUACUUUUAUUUUGCUUUGAAUGUUUUGCAUCAAUUUCCUAUAAAUAAUUACUUGUGAAUAAUAAAUGUCAUAAAUGCUCUUGUAUAUACGGGAGAAAACAAACA